AACCAACAAACUACCGCAAAAUUUAGACGAUAUUUAUCAUAAAAUGUCGUGUAUCAUUAUUGAAAUGUCAAUUCGUAGUUCUUAUUAUUUGAAAAUAAUUUGUAGUCAAUCGUUCUUUGAUAAUUUGUAAUUAUAAUUAUAAUAAAGAAUUUAAUUAAAAAUGGCUGAUGUAAGAUUACUUAUACAAGAAGAAGGUCGGGCAGCAAGAAAUUUGAUAGCUUUUAAUGUACCAGUUGGAACAAAUAAUACUGAAAAGAUCACUAAAAAACCACCUAGUGUUCCAAGAGUAUCACAAGCAAAUACUUCUAAAAGAUCUAUGAAACCAACAACCAGAGUAAGAUCAGCUUCCACGGGUCGAGAUAAAAAAUCUGAAUUACAGGCAAGAUAUUGGGCAUUUUUAUUUGGUAAUUUACAAAGAGCAGUAGAUGGUAUUUAUCAAACAUGCGAAGAAGAUGAAAAUAUUUCUGAAUGCAAAGAAGUAAUAUUAGUUUUAGAGAAUUAUACCAGAGAUUUUCAUAAUUUAAUUGAAUGGUUUAAAGUUAAGUGGGCUUAUGAAAAUUCACCUCCUCCUUUAAGACGUACUCCUUUAGCUUGGGAAGUUAGAAAAACUUCUCCUUGUCGAAUCUGGAACUCAACAAUGAUUCCAAAAUCCAAUAGUCCUUUGCAAAGAAUGAGUCCUACUGAAUCAGUUUGUAGAAGUCCUAUUGAUCAGAUUAUUUCAGAGAAUAAAUCUGUUACUGUGGACAAUAAAAUAAAUCAUGUAAAUUGUAAUAUAAAAGGAGAAUCUAUGCAUAAAUUGAUAAAAGAUAAUAAAAGUAAUAUUUCCAAGAAUAAUAUAACAAAUGAAAAAUAUAAAAAUGCAACCGAUAAAGGAGCAAUUCAGUCUUUGAAUAAAGAUAAAUUAACUUCAAUAAAAAUAAGUAAAACUUUUGUAAAACAUACAACUGCUAAAACCAAUAAUAAUAUUAUUGCAGACCAAAAAGCAAAUGAAAGUUCAUCUCGUGACAUAAAAGGGAAAUUGGAUAAAGGUGCAUCAAAAACAGUUAAAACUGAAUUGCAUUAUACUACCAAAGUAAUGGAUUCUGAUGUAAUAACUGAGAAGAAUGAGCAAAUAGUUUGUACUGAUAAGAAUGUACAAUUGAUUACUUGUACAUCAACAGAAAAAGAAUUUUCUAAAUCUAAUAAUAUAGAAAAUAAAUUGAAUUCUCAAAAUUUUCAAAUAAAACCAUUAGGUCCUAAAAAUGACUUAGGACUAGGAAAAAAUGAAAUUAAUGCUAAAGUUAAAAGACAUGGCAUAGGAAAAAAUAUUAAAACUAUUGAUAUAGAAAAUGUAAUAACAGAAAAUAAAAUCACAGAAUCUAAUAAUGUGACAAAAGAAAAUAGUAAUACUACAGUAAAUAAAAAUAUACAAAAUAUUACAAAAAUUUCCAAUAAAAUUAGCCAAAAAUUAAAAAGAGAAUUAAAUGUUAAUGAUAAUACAAAUAAUAAAAAUAUAAUAAAAUCUACAUCUGAUACAUCUUCCAAUAAUCCAAUUAAAAAUUCAAUUAAUACAAAUAAACCAGCAUAUUCUACUGUAUCACAAAUGAAAGUUAAGCCAAAGCAAUCAAGUCUUUCAGAAACUCCAAAAUUUAUUAGAAGUAAAACAACAUUAAGUGAUAAAAAUACAGUAAUUUCAAAUAAAAUAAAACCUGGAACAUCUGUAAUAGUUAGACAACGAUUUCAGUCAAUUGACAAUAAGAUUUCAGAACAAAGUUCAUUAAAAAAAGAUCAGAAUAAAGAUAUAAAUGCUUCAGUAGAAGUAUUAACAAAACAAACAUAUAUUAAAACAAAAGAAGAAACUGAUGGUUGGCAAACAGUUCGUAGUCGUUGUAGAAGAGGUAGUACACAUAAUUUGAAUAUGUCUACAAGAUUUCACAAACCAAGUACUGCAACAUCAUUACCAGCAUUAUCAAUCGAAAGUCCUUCUGAAAAGAAUAAAAAAAAUUGUUUAACUCCAGAUAGAAAUAACAAACAGAAAAAAAAAUGUAUUGUAGAAAAAGAAGGAAAAAAUAUAUGUAAUGAGGUACAAAAAGUCAAAGGCGAAUCAGUUGUAAACUUAACCAUUAAAGAUAAAGUAGAAGAAGUUUUCAAGAAUACUGUUAAUUUAAACGAAAUAAAUUCUACAUCAAUGAUUGCAGCUAUUUUUAAAAGUGAUGCAGAAUUACUUGAAAAACGUAUACAACAAUUUAUGACUGCUCAAGCAGAAAGAGAGAGAAUAAUUUUAGAAGAAGAAAGAAAAACUGAAGAAGCCGAUUCGCAACGAUCACAACAAUUAUCAGAUGAAGAAGCUUCUUUACAUAGACAAAUUUUAGAAUUAGAGUGUACAGAAACUGAUGUUGAUACUGAAACUGAUGAAACAGAUGGUGAAAUGAUACUUGAAACAGAAGAUGAGCAAAGAACAUCUCCUAAUACAAUGCCAGAUGAUGUUAGUUUAGAAGAUAGAAUUUUUUAUAGAUAUGAAAAUAUGUUAGAAGGAAUGUCUUGGGCAGAAUGCGUAGAUACACUUGCUCAAUUACGUGCAUUAGUUGCUCGUCAUCCUGGUAGAGCUUUAGAAUUGCACCAGAAAUUAUCAUCUCCAUCACGAAAAAGAUCAUUACCUGAGACGUUACGAAGAUAUCAAGCAAAACAAGCUUGUGCACAACAUAAACGUCAAAAAUUAUUAAUGGAAAAAUCGCAAAGAUUGCGAGAAUUAUUAAAUAAAGUAAAAGAUGUUAAAAGUGCAAAAAAUCAAUUAAUAGAAGAUAAAAGAAUCAGAAUGGAAAUGAAAUUAAAAAAAGCAGAAGAAAAUAGAACGCAGCAUUUAUUGGAAAUAGUUCGAAAAGCUCAUGAUGAAGAUUCUAAAUUAAAGGAAAUUGCAUUUAUUAAUGAACUUGAAGCACAAAAUAAGAGACAUGAUUUUAUGGCAUUAUGUCAAGAACAAGAAGAAAGAUUACAAGGAAUUCAAGAAGAGCGUCAACGCCGACAAGAAGAGAAAGCAGCUAAAGAAGCUGCAGCUGAAGAACGUAGACGAGCUUUGGAAGCAGAACGACAAUUACGUAUUCAAAAAAUGAAACAAGCACGUCGUGAACGCGAUGAAAGAGUUGGUAAAAUGCAAUUGGAAAGAGAAAAAGAACGUCAGGAAUUAGCAAGAGAAAAAGCCAGAGAUAGAGAAGAACGCUUAUCAGCGCUUCAUGCAGCACAGUUAGCAAAUCAAGAAGAAUUACAGAAAAAAAUAGCUCAAAAACAGCAAGAAUCAGCUAGAAGACAUGUUGAAAAUAUAGAACAUAUUCGACAAAGAGCAGUUGAAUCUUCAAUUCUAAGAUCAGAAGAAGUUCCACCUACAUUAAAAUCAUAUCCUGCUCAAAAGCAAUGUUCUUUAUGUGGAACACUUAUACCAAAUGAAGUAUAUUUAUUAAGUCAUUUAAAAGGAAAAAUACACCUUGAAGCAGUACGAAAUACACACGAUGGCCGCGAACCAUCACGAGAUGAAUUACAACGAUUUAAUAUAUCUCAAAUUCGUGAUGUUCCAAUUUCAGUCAUUGAAAAUAAUAAUGCCAACGAAAUAAAAGCUUCAAAAGAAAAACAAAAAGCAUUAAAACGUCGAUGUAGAAAAAUGAAACAACGAAUGUCAUUACGUGGUAAAGAAUGGGAAGAUAAUCAUAGAAUAGAUGUAAAUCAAUCUAUUGAAUCAAUUAAUAAAGCAAAGUUUCGUCGAAAUUUGAAAGAAUUAGAUCGAUUAUAUAACAACCAUUCUAAAACUGCUUGGUCAAGCGUUGCUAUUGCUGCGUUAGAACGUUGUCUAGGUGAAAUAACAAGAGCUUUUUCAAAAUCGUGUGUAUUCGAUCAAAAUAUAUUUCGAACAUUAAAUGGAUUUGAUAUUUUGACUAAUUUAUUGAAUUUGGGAUUGCAAGUACAGAAUACUUCUCAUAAUUUACCAAAUAAAAGUAUCCUUUCGGUAUGCCGAGUAUUUAAAUUGAGUGUCAAUGAAAAUGACGCUAACAUUGAAGCAGUUUUAUCAAGUAAUAAAAUCCUUAUUAUCUUGGAUCUUUUACUUCAGCAUUUAGAGAUAUUCGCAAAACUUGAUGACCAGAUCCAGAUACAGGAGGCAUCUAGUAAUUCAACCGGAAAUGGAAUCGUAGCUAGCAGCCUGAUGCAAUUGCUGUGCAGUUUGGUCCCGGAGGAGCCUUUUGAAAAAUCGGCAUUGCAAACACGGAUUCAGGAUAUUGCUGGAUAUUUAGUAGCAGGAGGAUUAAUAGAUCGAGUAUCUUGUCAUAGUCGAGCUUUGAUCGAAAGCGAUUUUUUUGUGGAGCAAGACCACGAAUCGCUAGUUUUAUUAUCCUCAUACGACUUGCUGUUUCGCAUCUGCUGUCAUUUAAAGAAAUCAACGGAUCAAGAGAUAGGAAUUAUUAAUGAGAGUAAUAACAACGUUGAACAGACCAACGUUGAGUCGCAUCUUCUCUCAACGUUGUCUUCGACUGAAGCUGCGGGUGCGAUUAGUGCACUCUACGCAGCAGUUGCACUCACGCCACAAAAUCAGAAAGGAUCCUCUCCUACUCCUAAUCAAACUACGAUAUCACAAUCUACGAGGAUUCUGAUUGUUCGCAGUCUUAGGCUACUCAAAUCGAUCGCCGGAUUAAAUAUUCAAAAAUUACAGAAUCUCUUAGGAGCAGAAGGUACCAGCUUGCAAUGGCGACUGAUAACUAGUCAUGUGAUAACUCGAUUAUCACGAGAUCCAAUAUCGCACAAGCUGGAAAUUGGAUCAGCGCAGAACACUAGUAGUACUUACAUUCUGUCAGAAUUAUUCCAGGUUUUAGGAUAUUUUGCAGUUAACAAUCCAGAAAAUCAGUUAAUACUUCAAUCAGCUGGGGCUGGUCCAAGCGUACUUCAACAACUAUGCACUCUUCCAUUUCCAUUUUAUGGAGCUCCAGGAUUAACAUCGUACAUUUUUCCAACACUUUUGGCAGCUACGCACCAAAAUCCAGAGGCUACAGCAAUUCUUUCUUGCGAAUUAUCUUAUCAGCUACUGGAGGAAUACAGAAAUUCAGAUGAUGGUAAGCUGAAUACGUUAGUUCGUUUGCUGAAGGACUCGGCUGGUCCAUAACUGUUCCAAUUAGGAUUCGAUUACUGUGCUUAAGUUUCUUUAAGUUUUUUCAUUAUACACGAUGAAUUUUAUGGACGUAAUUAACUGCAGAACCAUUAUUUUUGUUCCGUUUGAAACAAAAGGUUCGAGUAACAGUUGGACGAAAAUUGUUGUUAGGUACGUCCAUCGUUGAAAAGCUGUUUCACAUGUAUCGAGGCUGGUACUCGACACCGAUAUAUUGUGUAUAUUGAAUUAACUUCCAUUAUGCAUGGAAGAUAAUUCCGAAAAAUUAAA